AUGGUAGCGUUUUUUCCUCAAUUAUUUGACGAGGCCUCACGCGUUUUUGCAGAUAUUGUCUCGACAGCGUCCACCCUCACAUACGGUCUUAGUGCAGUGGCACCUGUACCAGGACAUCUAGUCUCGGCUCAGUCGCUUGCUUCUGGUUCAUCGCUGUCUAUACCUACAAGUUAUGAAGAGUUCUCUGCGCGGGUCGAUGGCACACGUCAUCCUGCUGUCCAGGCUGCGUAUGAGAGCUUACGCGAGCAGUUGCGAGCGCUGGCAGCUAUCGCUGCGGGCGCGUUAUCGUCUGUGCAAGCGGACUGUGUUCCCGCUGCAGAGCCUCGUACGGAGUCGCCCAUGGAUGUGCCAACGGGCUCUUCUGUUAGGCCCGCUACUUAUGAUGAGUUCUUUAUGGGUCUGGGAGCCGACGAGCAUCCUCUUGUGGCUUCUGCGAGGAAGAGUAUUGGCGCUCCACCAGCCACUGCUCUUGUAUCCCUGCCUUUUCAACCUAUUCCUUUCGUACCGGUUGUUGAUACGGUCAAUCCAGCAGAGGCGUUGCCGUCUUUGGACCAUCGUGACGAUGUUCAUGAUGUGGUCAGAGAUUGGUCUCUCGCUGUUGCUGCUGGCCAGUCCCGUAUCGUGUCUCUGGAUAUGUUGAAUCGCUGGUUCAGAUUUGUGGGGGCUGUCAGGCAUUUGAAGGAGGUUGCGCCUUUUGUGGAUGGAUUGGAGUUCCCUGUCAAGUCUCCCGUUCUCCUGAUUAGUUCCGCGUCUUUGCUUCUUCUUUGCGAGGGUUUCAAUAUGUUCCUAAGGCCGCACAUUUCUUCUCUCUUCCAGCGUCAUGCCCUCCGGAUGAGCGGACUGACCAAUGCCGAGGCCCUUGUUCGAUUACGGACUCACCUGUCUCAAUGUCAGUGCCCUGCUGAAUACUACAUCUUCGCAGAGUUGGCCACACAACGUCGCAUGAAGAAACGCAUCCGCUUAUCAGUCAAGGGUGGUGUCGCAUCAUCCCGCGCUUCUCGCAGAACGCCUGCUUCCCGUAAGCGUGCGCGUCAGGUUGCUGUUCCGGUCUCGUCAGGAUACGUUGACGAUUUGCCGAUACCGUUCCUUCAAGAUCCUGACGUGCCUCCGGAUUUGUUCCCUGAACAGUAUACGACGGAACUCAGAAACUCUAUUAUCUACGAGUGGCAGUCAUUCUUAGAGCCUGUCCGAUGGAUGCGGGUGACGUGUGCAGUGUGUGCUCAGAUGCAUUUUCGGGAGAAUAGUCUCGUCCGUGAGGCUCUCGACGAGGAGUUGGAGCUAUUACAAGAUCAUACCCUCCCAGAUCAUCUCAAGCCUGUUGAGUAUGAUAUGGAUUGUUAUCGCCAUGCGUUGUUGCAUCCCGACGGGCUGAUCGUCCAGCACGCCAGGGGAUUGGUGCGCAUGUGUAAGAGUUGUUCUUCCUCUUUGAAGCGACGGAAGAUGCCAAAGGAUGCUCUGGCAAACAAGCUUUAUUAUGCGCAUGACAGACUUCCUCCGGAUGUGAAGAAGGCUUUCGCCGUUGCCACGCUGGCAGAGAAGAUGUACAUCGCCGGCUGUCGCAUGACGCGCAUCACAUUCCUGAUUGAGAAUCCGGAGGAUACGAAAGGCGUUUUGCCUCGCCAGCGUGCUAAUCGAGGGCAUUGCGCCUUUAUACCUCAGGAUUCGGGUGCUAUGGCCCGCAUGCUGCCGCCACCUCCCGAUGACCCGAGUCUUGGUAUAUGUGUUGUGUUCGUUGGGCAAGGAGUUCCGCCUACGAAGGAGAACAUCGCGACCCGCCUACAACCUCUGUUGUGUUCGCUGUCUACCGUGGGAGUCAUCUCCAAGUUCUUGACAAGUUCCAACCGUGCUUUCGUGGACUCUGGCAUCGCUUUCAAUGCGGAUAACCUUCGUGCCAUCGGAUCUGGUUUUCCCGGCGGAGAAGAUCGCGGGUUGCCUUCGAACGUUCAGGUGGUCGUUCUCAAUUCUGAGUCUGCUACUGGUGUUCAUCGCGCUAUGCAGGGAGGGUAUUCUAAUACGGAUCACUCUGAGCUCAUUGUGCCUACGGGGGAGACGCUGAUCCAGAAUGUAGGAUAUGCCAGCGAGUCUCAGAGUUCCAAAGCUGCUACUGCGUCAAAGGCCCUGGCCUUGGACUGGGUCUUGAAUAAGCGGCCCUUUGUCCAAGUAACUGAUGGCAACCGAUUGUUCUCGGAUCGUCAUACGGACGCUCUUACAUUGACUCACCCGCAUCUGGAUCCGCAUGCACUCGGCGGUUUCCUUCAUCCGGAUCGCACAGGCCCUCGUCAUCUGUCAAUGCAACGACAGCUGAAGAAUAUGCUUCUCAUGAAAGACGCUCCUUUCGCAGCUGAUCCGAGUUUUGCGUAUGUGUUCUUCAAUGCCAUACAACGCACUCAAACGUCCAUCGGAGCUACUUUCAGGGUGGCUGAGAAUCAGUACGGCUCCUUCGUGGACACGCUGAUGGAGAACAGAGGCAUGCUCGAAGCGUUAGAAUCCAAGUAUCGCUCCAAUCCAGACGCUAAGCCUACGACGUCUGGCGAGCGGAAGCUUAUAAAUGCCAUGAAUCAGCUUCGGGUUAUGUGCAAAGACGUCGUCGGAUCGAAUGCGUCCAGAACGAGGAUGCGAUCUAAGGUUCGGGCCAUGUUGAAGUCCUUUGGGUGUCCGACGCUGUUCGUGACUCUGAAUCCUACAGAUGUGUUGUCGCUUCAGCUGCAUGUGUUGUGUGGAGGGGAUCCGAACCAAUUCGGCCAGAUGACUGAUUACCAGCGCACGAAGCAAGUGGUAGAUCAUCCUGCCGAGACUGCUAUCUGGUUUGAUCGCAUUAUUAAGUCCUUCAUCAAAAUCAUACUUCGCCACGGAUCAGAUAGCCCUGGGCUCUUUGGAACCUCGGAGGCGUAUUUUGGAACCGUCGAGGCGCAAGGUCGUGGUUCUUUGCAUUGCCAUAUGCUUCUCUGGUGUAAAGGCGGGCUCUCUCCACAAGAUGUGCGCGAUAAGAUUCAGUCCAAUCCGGAGUUUCGUGAUAGGAUGUUCGGUUGGCUUGAGUGCAUUAUUCAAUGCGAGUUACCUGGCAUGACAGAAGUUCUCCGCACGAAAGUCGGCGAGAAACUGGUGAAUCCAAUGAAGUAUGUUGAUGGAAGGCCUGCUUUGAGCGUCCCUCCCCUGAUACCCGAUCCCGAGACGAUGUCCCCGGAAGAGCGAGAGCUGUUCGAGGAGAGAUUCCAGAGCUUUGUUCACGAUCUUGCUUGUGCGUUCAACUGGCAUCGUCACCACGCUACCUGCUGGAAAUACCUUAAGCCUGGGCAGCCUCAAGUGGAUUCAAAUUGCAGGAUGCGUAUUGAUGGCAGCACUCAGCCACUCACGGAGAUAGAUGAAGAGACAGGUUCGAUACUGCUCAGGCGGUUGCACCCAUGGAUCAAUAACUUCAAUGAUGUGGUGCUGUUUCUUUUGCAGAGCAACAUGGAUGUCAAAUAUAUCGGGUCUGGGCAGGCUGCAAAGGCGCUGGUGUACUACAUCACCGACUACAUCACCAAGGGUACGCUACCUAUGCAUGUUGGUCUCGCGGCUGUGAUAUCUGCAAUCAAGAAGACGGAAGCUGCCAUGCAGGUCGAUGCUGCGUCAGACGAAGACCCCAUUGCCGCGAGCGUGCAGAGACGUAGAUUCUUGAUCAAAUGUGUCAACGCCAUGAUGGGUCGGGUGGAGCUUUCGCAUCAGCAGGUUAUGAGUUAUCUUGUCGGCGGCGGCGACUUCUAUGCCAGUCAUCAGUUUGCGUCGUUGUACUGGGGGGACAUGAGCAAGUUCCAUUCUGGUCCAGUCCUCGAUUCCGAGGCUGAAGAUGUUGAUGACUACGCGGGAGGGGUUGAUGUGACUGUGAACAUGCGCGACAAUGAUGUGGUGCCUACAAGUCAGUUAUUGGAUUACCGACAUCGUCCGAAUAGCCAUGGUUUCGACGAUAUAUGCGCUUGGGAGUUUGCGGGGCUUGUCGAGAAGAGCCGGAUCAAGUUGAAGACGGACUGUCCUCCUGCAAAGGACUACUCAUCUGUCAUGUACCAAGAGGUUGAUGACUUUGCCGACGAGGGUUCGAAUCAUUCGCGACGAGCGAAAUUGAGAUUCUUAGAUCCACACCCGCAAGCAGAGACGCAUACGGUGCAUCUCCGUGGCAACAUGCACGUUCCGAUUCUGAGUGGUCCGAAGAUUCCGAGGCAGUCUUCGGGUGAUGACGCACGCGAGCGUUUUUGUCGUGCCAUGUUGAUCUUGUUUAAACCCUGGAGAGAACGGAGCGAUCUGCUCGGCGAUUUCCCGAACUGGGCAGCAGCAUAUGACGCUCAUAAGUUCCCAGAUCACUUGUUACGCACUAUCAGACAUAUACAUGUCGAGCACGAAUGUAAGGAUGCCCGAGAUCGUUACAGUGAAGCCCGCCGUGCUGGGUUGGAAGGCCAGUUGAUGACAGGCGCACUUUCGUCCGACAUCGUCUUGAGCAAGAUGGACCCCGCGUUGUUCGAGCUCGCCAUCAUGCACGAGGCGGGCGACGUUUCUGGCUUGGUGUUUCCCGAAGACGAUCUUUCCUGUGAGGAUGAUGAAGUCAGCCAGUCUUCUCAGGUGCCAUAUCUUGGAGCGCUACCUGGAUCUUCUGUUCAAUCUGCCACGAUCUUGCAGCGUUCAGGGAUCCUACUAUCUGAUACGGCCAUACAAGAGCACUUGAUCUCCGGUCGUGGAGGAGACGCUAUGGCAUUGCAGAGUUCGUUCCGAGUGCCAGAGUUGAGUAGAAUGCGUGGGUUCAUGGAGAAACUGCGCAAGUUGCGGCGUCCUGUUGUCGCGGCGCCCAGUAGUGCUAAAGUUUCUGUCAAGCGCCCGAGAUUGGAUCAGGUCUCCAAGGUUGCUGUUGGGCAGCUGCAGGAGAAGCACGAGCCACUCGUGGAUGUGGACAUGAGCGACGGUUCGGACAACGUCAUCGGUGAUAGCUCUGAUAGCGAUACCGAGGCUGAAUCGGAUAGUGGCGUGCCUAGAAGCUCUCUCAGACGCAUCAUCAAGAUGUUGAAGAUGAAGAAGAAUCCCGAGCAGAAACUGGUUAUGAAACUGUUUGACGAUCAUCAUGAACGCGGCAUAUAUAGACGCGAGCAACUUCUCAUGUAUGUCGCAGGCGUUGGAGGCACGGGCAAGAGUCACGUCAUACGGGGAAUCACGACUUAUCUCAAGAUGCAUGAUCACAGCGAUUGGCUGUUGAUCGCUGCACCUACAGGAAUCGCAGCCGUCCUGGUGAACGGGUACACCAUUCAUGCGUUGACGUUCCUGAAUGUCGGUGGAAGGGGAAAGGACGAUUAUUAUGCGGAACUAUCGCCUGAAAGAAAGAAGGCCGUGGAAGAGAUCUGGAGACGUGUCCGAUAUCUUAUCAUUGAUGAAGUUUCAAUGAUUUCCGCUACACAACUCACUUAUAUUUCGAAGCGGCUGAAGGAAGCGCGAAGCUCUCUUCCUGACGGUGACCGACCCUUUGGAGGCGUCAAUGUUAUCGUGACUGGGGACUUUGGCCAGCUGGAACCUGUUGGCGGGAGGGCGUUGUUUCAUACGAGUCUAGUCAAUCGUCUGGAUGAGACUGCUGGCAUGACUGAUCGGAAACAGUUUGCUUUGCAUGGCGCUUACCUGUGGCGUUUGUUUGACAAGGUUGUCGAGUUGAAGCAGGUGGUUCGGCAGGAAGCCGAUCCUGAGUACGGCGAGAUGUUGGGACGGAUUCGAUUGGGCUGUGCUACAAUCUGUGGGCCUGGGGGUGUCAUGAAGGGAUCCGAUUAUGACACGGUUUGUCAACGGACGCUGGAUUCCAUUCGAGUCAGCAAGAGCCAGUCUCUCGAUAGGUUUCAAGACGCGCCUAUCAUAGUAGGUGACCGUGUCACUCGCGAUGCUUUGAAUGCGCGCUUGGUGCACACAAAGGCGAUUCGUCUUGGGAUAAAGCCGGUCUUCCUGUGUGCUCGUGACAAGAUGUCUGGGUCGAAGGAACCUCUUUCAGGUCCAUUGGCGAAGGCUGCCAUCCGUUUACCGCCUGGAAGGGUCGACAUCAUGGGGUGCAUACCGUACUUCCCCGGUAUGAAGGUGAUGAUCACCGAGAAUCUGGCUAUGUGUCAUAAGGCUGUGAAUGGUCAAGAAGGGAUCCUGCGCAAGGUAGCAGUCGAACAGGGUGUCGACGGCAUGCUCCACGCCACCUGUGCCUUCAUUGAGGUGCAAGGAAUGGGCUCCGUCUACCCAGAGCUGCCUGAAGACAUCAUACCCGUCUUCCCAUCGCGCACCACCCACAAGUUCUGGUCCGAUUAUGCCGAGUGCUGGGUCAGUUUCACUCGCGAGCAGUUGCCCCUGAUGCCGGCCUAUGUCUAUACGGACUAUAAGGCUCAGGGAAGAUCUCUCGAUUCAGUCAUUGUGGAUCUCGCGAGUACUACCAAGCCGCAAGGUCGAUAUGUUAUGCUGUCCAGGGUUAAGACGCUGGAGGGAUUGGCCGUCCUUAGACCAUUUUCCUCAGAGUGCUUUACCAAGCCGCUUUCAAAGUACAUCCGAGAUGAACUGGGCCGUAUUUCCGAGCUGGCGAACAAGACCUAUUGGGAAGAUAGGAACGAGCCUAUUAAUGAUGAGGUGGAAUACGAGGACGAUUUCGCGAUGGAGGUUGAUUCUGAACGAGGUGCUGUCGGGAUGGACGAUGGUUUCGAGGAUGACGAAACGCUAGUCGAUUCUGAGACAGAGACUUUGCUCUUUGAUGCAGGUCACCGGGAUCCUGACGGCGAGAGCACGAAUUCCGAUGACACGGAGUCGGAGGUGUGGUCAGACUACGAAGAAGACUACAUGGUUCUGGACGAAGAUGUCGAUGAACUUUAG